UUGACAGUAGAAAAUUCAGUCCAAAAGAAGAGCAUAAAUAGGCGUAACUGGGUCGCAGCCAGAGAUAUGCAGAAGUACAGGCGGCAUUAUCCGGGAUUGGAAGAAAGUGAGGCCUUCAAGAAAUCUAAAGAAGUCAUGGAGAGGUUCGUCCGGGCUUAUAAACUCAUGUUGAAAUUUUACGGCAUCGAGUUAAUCAAUGAGGAAACGGGAGAAUUGACUAAAGCGGAAAACUGGCGUGAGCGAUUUUGGAAUCUCAACCGGUACAGCCAUAACAAUUUACGGAUCACUCGCAUCCUGAAAUGCUUGGGCGAGAUGGGCUAUGAGGACUACCAAGUGCAGCUGGUGAAGUUCUUCCUGACAGAGACUCUCGUCCACCAGGGGCUACCUCGGGUGCUGAGAAGCGUCUUGGACUACUUCAUGUUCACCGUCCGAAGCAAACCCAAACGGAGGGAGUUGGUCUAUUUUGCCUGGCAACACUUCAAGCCAAAGCGUGAAUUUGUCUGGGGCCCUCACAAGAAACUCCGGAGGUUCAGACCUCUGUCCUUCAAGCUUCUGACUAACCCGGAAGAACAAGCACACGCCAAGGAAGAAGAGGGAGAAGUUGUGGAGAAGGACAGCGUUGAGUCCCCCGAAACAAUCCCUCAGAGACUUGCGGAAAAACCUGGGCAGGAGGAAGCUGGAGAAACUCAAGAAAAAGAGAAAUGUGGCUUGUCAGGAGAGAGUUGUGUGGCUUGCCAUGAUUUAGGUACAACAGUACAAAAUAACCACAUGGAGCAGCCUGUAUCCAGCAUUAGUGCCACGUUGAGCCUUUCAGACAGUAACUCUGUGCAGGACAAAGGUGUCAGGAGAAGAACCAACUCUGUAGAAGAUGGGGAGCUGUUACAAGAUGGGGAGGUUAUAGAACCUCUGAUGAAGACUGUGGAUGACUGUAAGAGUUCCAAAAACGCAAACCAAUGUCAACUUGCAUUGGUAACGCUAGCCAAGGAAGACCGCAAAGAAGUCCUAGUACCUUCUAAUUGUCCGUUGGAGAGACAGGGCCAUGCUGAUGAGUGCGUGGGUGAAGCUGAGGGAGAUAACCUCAAGGAAUCCAAGAAGAGGAAGUUGGAGCUGAGCAGGUUAAGUGGAGAAAUCCCCACGGCCCUUAAAAGCGAUAUUGAGAGGAUCUCCCAUAAUCUUGGCGAGGUGGUCAUUACAAAGGAGGAAGUUAGCAUCUUGGCCCCCAAAGGUGGCCAUGAGGACAUCCCAGAUGGGAAGGAGAUUGAAUCGCUAGAUAUGGUGAUCAAGAGACGGAAAGUAGACGUCGUACCCAAAGGUGGCCCUUCGGAAGCAGACUGUGAGGUGAUCCCACCUGAUGACCAAGGAGAAAGCUGUGGAACUCAUGAUGAUAAGGAGAAAGAUCUUGUCUGCCAAGAAGAAACCAAAAUGGCAGCUAAUCCUUCUGCAGACACUCUGACAGGACACAAAGCUGGAGGGGGGGAUGCGUUGGUUGAUUCCAACAAGAAUGUCCUCCCUGGUGAUGGCUCUAUGGUGGAGAAAGUGAAUGAACAAGAGGCUACCACCACUUCAACAGAAAGUGAGGUCCCUUGGUUGUCUGAACCCAUAACACCUCAUGAAAGGGGCGUAAGAAACAAUGCAGGAUGGAAAGAACAGGAGUUUGAAGAAACUUCUGAUGGUCCCCUAGAAAGUAAUGAAAUCUCCAAAUUAAAGGAAUAUGAAAACACCACGGCUGGACCAGAAGAAGAGUAGUCCUAUCCCAGAUUGGAUGAAGCCGUCCUAGAAAUACUAGCGGUCAGAAUGGGGCGUAUCUUUUCAGAAACAGAUCAAAAUAACCCUUUGCUUUGUGGUCUGGUAUCUCCGAGUUUUAUAAACAUGACACCUAAAGGUAAAUCUUCAGGAUGAAAGGUUACCACACUUGGUAACUUGCUCAUCUGAUUAUCCCAUUUCUAGAAGUCUUUUAUCUUUUAAUUAAUUGCCAGAGUGCUGUGUUCUCUUUUUAACAGAAAGCACUCACCUGUUCAGUUCAAGGUAUGCAACUUUACAGGUGUGUUUUCCAGGGUUUACUAGAUGAGCUCCCAGAAUGUUAUUUGCUAAAUUAAGUUUGUGUUUGUUAAAUAAAGAUCUUUAACUUUUGG